GAUUUUAUGCAAAGAUUCACUACUAAUUGUCUGAUUAUUGUUGUUUUUUCAUUAUACAUAACAAUUAAUUAAAUAAAUGAAUCUUUGGUUUAAUGGUUAGUGUUGGAAGAUGAUGAGCUCAACGCUAAAAGCUCCUUAGAAAGGUUGCUGAAAAAAAUUAAGGAUUGGUCUUUUGUUGAUAUGUUUUGUAGUGUUCUAACUUUAAAAGUGUUGUUGUGUGACUUAAGAAGUAAAUUUGGAGAUUGGACUGUUUUUUUGAAUAUUCCAACUCAAUAUUGUGUAUUAGUGUGUGUUGUGGACGGAUUUAUAAUUGGUUUGGUUUUGGGACUGUGUAUGGAGAAAAAGGUUCAUACUUCAUAUUGUUGAAACAAUUGAAUGUGUGGAGUUGUUUUUGUUUUUUGUAGUUUAGUAUGUAGAAUGAUUUUUAUCUAAGUAUGAGAAAGUGGAAAAGCUCAUGUAUCUUAUAAGGGAUGGGGAAUGGUGAUUUACAGCAAGAUGGAAAUAUACAGUUGGUGGGUGGUAUAUAAAUUUUGUUAAGAGAUUUGAUAAGUUGAAAAGCAAUAGGAAAAGGAAGCCAAUUUCAUUAUAGCAUUUGCAAAAAAGUGAGCAGGAGAUAGCAUAGUUGAAGAAAAUGGAUCGUACUUGGAUGUACAAUAGGGUAGCUGCUAAUAGGAACGGAUUGGAAGAAGAGUUCAUUCGCGGUGUUAAACGAUUUGUGAAGAGGGCUUUGAAACAACCCAUUUGUAUAUCCGAGGGAGGGGUAAGGUGUCCGUGUAUAAAUUGCAAGUGUAUGAAGAUAUCUACAGCAGUUAAUGUUAGACUUCACUUGUACAAGAAUGGAUUUCAACCAAACUAUUGGAUUUGGACUGAACACGGAGAAGUGAGGCCUAGUGUUGAUACAAUGGGUGGUUUGAAUAGUAUUGGGCACGUGCAUCAUGAAAACCAAUUUAUUGCAAUGAAUCAAAUGGUGUAUGAUGCUCUUAGACCUUAUGGAGAGGUCCCCCCUGUGAAUGCUAAUACGGGAAAUGAGACAUUGGUUGAGGAUGAGUUGCCUAACGACGAUGCAAAACAGUUUUAUGACAAGUUGAUAUCUACCAACAAGCCCAUCUACGAGGGUGCUACUCAGUCUAUACUAUCAAUAUCUGUUCAGCUUCUAGCAAUUAGGUCUAAUUGGCAUGUUCCACAAAAAGGUAUAGAUUUUGUUGCACAGAUGCUUAAAAGUGUAUGCCAAGUUCAAAAAUGUUUACCCGAGAACUGUUACCAAGCAACACAGUUGGUGUCUAAGUUAGGGCUGAAGGUUGAGAAAAUUGAUUGUUGUAAGAAUGGUUGCAUGUUAUAUUACAAGGAUGAUAGCAAGUUAUCUGAGUGCAAAUUUUGUUAUGCUCCUAGGUUCAUUCCUCGUAGGACUGGUAUGGGAAAGUACAAAGAUGUCCCAGCAAAGAGAAUGUUCUAUUUCCCUAUCGUUCCUAGAUUACAAAGACUAUAUGCAUUAACUGAGUCUGCAGCUGAAAUGACAUGGCAUCACAAGAACAAAAACAAUUCAAACAUCCUUCGCCAUCCGUCGGAUGGAAAAGCAUGGAAACACUUUGAUGAUGUAUAUCCUGACUUUGCUAAGGAACCCAGAAAUGUAAGGUUGGGUUUGUGUGCUGAUGGAUUUACUCCUUACAUUCAAGCUUCUGCUUCUCCAUACUCAUGUUGGCCGAUAAUAGUUACCCCAUACAAUCUUCCCCCUGAAAUGUGCAUGACCAAACCAUACUUGUUUUUAACUUGUCUCAUACCUGGACCUAAAAACCCCAAAGAAAAGAUAGAUGUCUACAUGCAACCUAUACUUGUUUUUAAAGACUACUGGAAGAGCGAGGAUUUCCUUAAAAUCUCCAAUCAAAAUAAGAUCAAUCGAUCUUCUAAAAAAGGCGGAGCGCUCCACACCUCUGGUCGCAAGUCUCAUCUGGAUGUAGCACUUGAGCUCUCCAAUAAUUUUGAAAAGGAUCUGUUCCCUGAUGAGUUGUUUUUGAAAACACAUAAGAGGAAAUCUGGAGCUUGGGUUGAUGGUCGAUCGGAAGCUACCUAUGUUGCAUAUAAAAAGAAAUUGGCUACAACAGAAACACAGAUUGACAAAACAGGUGAAGAUGGUGUUCAACAGGUGGAUGGAGGGACAAAGCUUAAGUUGUGGAAAGAGUCGGUAGGGGGUCAUACCCGUGGUCGGGUUUAUGGCACGGCAGACUUGUCUGUCAACCUCCGACGUGGGUGUACGUCCUUUACUCAACAGUCCUAUCAUCCUCAUGGUUCAAUGUCUGGUAUGUCUUUGGAAGUGGAGAGGGCAGCUAGACUUAGAGCUGAACAGGUGGCUGAGAAUGCAUUAACUCAAGCUCAAGAAGCUAAAGAGAAUUAUCAUAAGUUACAAAAUGAAGUGAAUGCAAUAAAGGCACUUCUCAUGGAGCGUAGCCUUGGCGAGAAAGAUCAACCUUCAACUGGUGGAUCGUGCAAUGCCCCCCAUCCUCCUUCACAUCCUGAUUAUGAUGACGCUUUGGAUGAAGAGUCAUUAGAUGAACAAUCCUCGGACGGUGAUGCUUGACAUGUAGUGGUAACUCUUAUUUUGUAGUUCGACUAAUUAGUAUUGGAACGACUUUGUUGCUUGAAACAUGUUUAUGCUUUUUAUGACUUUUUGGUAAUGCCUGAUUAUGAUAACCACUUUUUGGGGCAUAUGAUCUUGUAGUCCUGACUUUGACAUUGAAAUGCCUAAUUAGUUUGUAUAGUUUCAGACUAAUUAGUACUUUGAGUGUUUAUGUUAACUCAAUAUAAUAUUUUGUGGCAGAUUUGAUGUUAUUUUGCUUAGUAUUAAAGUAUUAACUGCAAAACCAAGAAACCAAAUGAAUUUAAGGGAAAAAAAAAA